AUGCAUGAUAGUCGACUACGACACCAGCCGAAUGCAAUCAAUGACCUUGGGGACUAUCUCUACCAGACAUCUGCAUUGACAGCAAUGCGAGCAGUCUUCCCUUCUUUCUUCCGUUCUGAACUUCGCCAUGGCCCGUUUGUUUUUGGCCUUACCGACCUUCACCAAAGCAACAUCUUUGUUGAUAAAGACUGGCACAUUACUUGCCUGGUGGAUCUUGAAUGGGCAUGCACUCGACCUAUCGAGAUGCUACGGACUCCGACGUGGCUCACGGGUAAAGCUGUGGACGAGAUUGCUGAAGAAGCCGAAGAGUACGAUAUAAUGCGCAGGGAGUUCAUGAAUGUCUUGGUUGCCGAAGAACAGAAAGUCGAAGUCGUCCAUCUACAAAAUCCAUCAACUACUUUGAGAGGGAGUUGGGCGAUAGGAGCCGUGGAUGAAACUGCAGAAAUACCGGACGCAUGCGGCGAGGUACACGCAAUGGGUAAUACAUAUAAGACUCAACUAUCAGCUACCAUGGAAGAAAACUGGGAGUCAGGAGCAUUCUGGUACUCCCUUGCGCUUGCCAGCCCAACAGGUUUAUUCUCCGUCUUUUACAAGCAGAUUCAACCCAGGUUUCUCAGAUACAGUCCCGAUCAUGACGGGUUUCAACAGGUUAUGCCAUGGUACUGGUCUCAGGAUUUCGUGAAACUCGGAGCACAGAAAAUUGCUGAUAGACGCGAUUACGAUCUUCGACUCAAAGAAGCAUUUAGGCUUGAGGGCUGA